AUGGCUACUGGAAUGGUGAUCAAUAUCGACGGUGGUAUUAAGGGAAGUAAUCUAAUUAUAUGGCCAAAAAAUAUGGGAACAACUCAACAAUGGCAAUUGGAUGGCCUACACAUAUUAUGUCCAGGCGCAAAUAUAGUUAUCGAUAUCGAAAAGUCUAAAACUGUAUCUGGUGCACCUGUUGUUGCAUGGUCAAACCACGGAGGUUUGAAUCAGCAGUGGAAUAUUGUUCCAAAACUUCGGUGA